AUGGCUAGUUUCAUUGCAAAACAACUCAUUGGCAAUCAGUUAGAUUCAGUGAAAGGUGCAUUAGGUGAUAAAAAAGACGAAGGAGAAGGUGUCCUCGGUGGACGUAAAGAAAUCGAUCCCGAGGUGGAAGCAGCAUUACGUGAAGCCGAAGAGAAGCGAGAGGCUAAACACCGUAAAAUGGAAGAAGAAAGAGAAGUAAUGCGUCAAGGCAUACGGGAUAAAUAUGGAAUUAAAAAGAAGGAAGAAGAAAUUCCAAAUGAUUUUGAUUUUUCAAGCCCUGAAGGUCGUCUUGGUCGUAAACGUAAAACACCAGCUGAACUGGCUGCUGAAGCAAAUGAAGCCGAAGAUGAAAAUAUUUUGACAAGUAUGUUACCAGAAAAUAUGAGAAAUAUGGCAAAUAAAAUAUCAGAGGACAUGAAUAACCGGUCGUCGUCGUCGUCUACAUCAUUGACAAACACACCUCCCCCUUGA